GCAGCUUCUUCGUCUCCCCCAAUUUUCUAAUCCCAGUUUUCCCGGUCAUACCGACGUCUGCCGAGCGAAGGUCCUUUUUUGAUCAUGAAUACCACCUGCUGCCGGCGACCGCAAUUCGCAGUAGCACCCACUUCUCCGCUCCCAGUUUCAGUGGUGGGUUCUCGAUUUCUCCUCCCAAUCCCCCACCAAGAACCCUGGAGAACGGGAGCUGAUUCCAGGUAUUGCAGAGGGAUUAAAACGACUGGUGGCAGAGGAGAAAGGUUUGUUUGUAGCGUAUGGUUCCUGCCUGUGGAUCCAUGGGCGCCAAACAUUGAUUCACAGAGCAUUGCCCCUCAGCUCUUCGCACUCUCUUUGUUCCCGUACAUUGCUUUCUUGUACUUCCUCACCAAGUCCAAGACUGCUCCAGGGCUCACCCUCUUCGGAUUCUACUUCUUGCUCGCCUUUGUGGGCGCUACAAUUCCAGCAGGAAUCUAUGCAAAAGUGCAGUACGGAACUUCCUUGUCUAAUGUGGAUUGGCUGCAUGGUGGGGCUGAAUCACUUCUCACCUUAACAAACAUAUUCAUCGUCCUGGGCUUGAGGCAAGCACUUAGGAAAAGGGACGAAUCAGAGAAGAAGGACCUCUGACUAGCUGCUUGAUCCAUGGAUGCUUAGUCUCUGCUCUUCUUGUGCAUGCUUUACGACAGUUGUAGCAAUGGCGUCAUCACCAAAUCAGCUUUUUGCUUGAUCAGGAGGUACCCUGAUGUCCGCGCAUAUAAUCGAAAUCAUGAGUGGCUGUUCAUGUGCUAAUCUAAUGUACUGCUCAAGCAUUAAUGAAAUUUGCUGUCAUUGAGUAUGUUGUAGUUCUCUCUUCAUGGAACCUCUAGAAAUCGAUUCUUCUUACUGCGUAUGUUCACAGAGUGGAGGUGAAAGGCUAUUCUUGUCUUGGUUAUAAUCCCAUCUGUUGGUGGAGCUUGUAACAUCUAAGCUACGAAAGGGUUCUUCAGUCAUGUGUUAUUACACAGAACUUGCCAUUCAAUACUAGCCAGUUACUGCUGUUAUUGCU